AGACCGGUCCCGUGACCAUGAAUUCCCUGCAAUUUCGUCGGAGUCCUGGGUUUAAUAGAGAGAGUCCCCAUACGCUUGUAUUUAUCAGCAAUAUACAAUUAUAAAGGCCUAAAUUUAAAAAAAAAAGAGAGAGAGAAUUUCCCCUCCCCCGCGAAAUCGCUUUAUUGCAUAAACCUGGGGGGGGCGGGAGAGGGGGUCCCUUCCGAUCCUGCCUCCUGACGCCCCCCCCCAGCAGGCCCCCUCCCCCACCAUUGAAAGCCAUGAAUUUUGAAUUUGAGAGGGAGAUUGGGUUUAUAAACAGCCAGCCAUCGCUCGCCGAGUGUCUGACUUCCUUCCCCGCUGUCUUGGAGACAUUUCAAACUUCAUCAAUCAAGGAGUCGACAUUAAUUCCUCCUCCUCCUCUGGAGCAAACCUUCCCCAGCCUCCAGCCCGGCGCCUCCACCCUUCAGAGACCCGGGAGCCAAAAGCAAGCUGAAGAUGGGCCUGCUCUGCGGCCACCGCCGCCACUCCCCGCCGCCCCCCCAGCCCCCGAGUUCCCCUGGAUGAAAGAGAAGAAAUCCGCUAAGAAACCCAGCCAAACAGCCGCUUCUUCUUCUCCAGUCGCUUCCUCGGUUCGGGCCUCCGGGGUCGGAUCACCUUCAGAUGGCCCGGGACUGCCAGAGAGCGGCGGCGGCGGCGGCUCGCGCAGGCUGCGCACGGCCUACACCAACACGCAACUGCUGGAGCUGGAGAAGGAGUUCCACUUCAACAAGUAUUUGUGCCGGCCGCGACGAGUGGAGAUCGCCGCCUUGCUGGACCUCACCGAAAGGCAGGUCAAAGUAUGGUUCCAGAACCGACGCAUGAAACACAAGCGGCAGACGCAGCAUCGGGAACCGCCGGAUGGAGAGCCAGGCGGGCCGAGCGCCCCGGACGACUCGGGAGACCCAGCCGAGGAACCAGCAGUGAGCCCCGGUGGCGUCUCCGCCUCUCACCGGUUGCGAGAAGCCUGUUUCCUCCCGGCCGAGGCUGCGCAGGGUCCUCCGGACGGGCCGCUGCCGGUGCUGCCUGCCACUUCCCUGGAGAGUGUGGGCGCGUUGAACCCCGGCUGCACGACGCUCAGAGCCCCAGGCCUGCAGCCAGAGCCUCUGCCCGAAGAUACCUGCCCUGAGCGGCCGGAUUCGCCUUUCCUGCCCGACCUCAACUUCUUCGCAGCAGACUCCUGUCUCCAAAUGUCUGGAGGCCUUUCUCCCAGCCUGCAGGGCUCGCUGGACAGCCCAGUCCCCUUUUCCGAGGAAGAGCUGGAAUUUUUUACCAGCACGCUCUGUGCCAUCGACUUGCAAUUUCCCUAACUUUUUUCUUUCUUUGAUCCUUUCUACCUGGUCCUCUUCGACUA